AUAAUAAUUUUUAAAAUAUAGCAAAAGCGAGGAUCUUUUCAAGUUUAUGAACAAAAAAUAGCCAGGCAGAAGAAGACCACAGCAAGACUAAACAAAAAAAACAAAUUAUUCGUGUUUUUUUAUUUAUCUAUUAGAAUAACAACCGUACUAACUUACUACAAAGUGAUAAGUGACAAAAAAAAGAGCUUCAUUCACAAUUCACAGCGAAUUUACUAAAAAUAAAUUCCAAAGUUUUGGCAGAAACAUUUGUCAUUUAAAUAUUUAGUUGUAUUUAAUUUCUAAGACCAAAGAUGCAUAGUCAAGCAUAAGAAUAACAAGUAGAAGGAGAAGAACAUAGACGUUAAAAGUGUUUUUUUGAAGGUUUGAGAGGGAUGCGUUUAAUUUAUCUGAUCUGGAUCCUGAUUGGUCCUCCGAGUCCUCCUCAGACCUGCAGGGACGAAUCAGCGAGUCCAGCUGAGUCAGUGUGUAUCCUCCGUCCUGUGGAUGAGAGAGGAGCUCGGACACACACACACACACACACACUGAAGCUGUGUCAGGCACAAGAUGAUGAGGCUGUGGCCGGUCGUGGUGACAGUGUUACUGACGGCGGCGGUCGCUCGUUACGUUUACAUCCCGCUGCCCGACACCAUCCAGGAGCCGUGGAAGCUGAUGAUGGUGGCCGCCGGGCUCCGGACGUCGAUGCACCUGGCCUCGUUGAAGGACUGGCUGGGCUGCGACCACUACAUCAAGUCCGUCGGCCCGUCCCCGUCCUCGGAGAGCGCGGACGGCGCGACGAAGGCCGGCUCAGACGGAGGAGGGGUCGUGCCCGGAGUCAAGGUCAGCGACAUCACCCUGGCCGGGAUCCCGGUCCGGGUCUAUGAGCCCCCGGCGGGAGGGGAGGGCCACCUGAGGAGAGGGUUGAUGUACUUCCACGGAGGGGACUGGGCCUUCGGCAGUGCCGAGAGGCGUUCGAGCGAUGCCCUCAACCGCAUGGUUUCGGACGAGCUCAACACGGUUGUGGCCUCUGUCGAGUAUCGCCGUUAUCCAGAGGUGCACUUUCCGGUGCCGUAUCUAGACUGCCUCGCUGCUGCCAAACACUUCCUGUCCACGGAGGUCCUGGCCAAGUACGCGAUCGACCCCGAGCGCGUGGCCGUGUCCGGCGCGAGUUCGGGGGGGAAUCUGGCCGCUGCGGUCGCUCAGGAGAUUUCCAUCGAUGACGGUGUGAGUGUGAAGUUCAGCGUCCAGGCUUUGAUCUACCCAGCGCUGCAGGCUCUGGACUUCAACACGCCCUCCUACUUGCAGAACCAGGACGUGCCCGUCCUCUACCGGCCCCUCAUGGUUCGGUUCUGGCUGCAGUACCUCGGCGCCGACCCCUCCCUGCAGCCCCAGUGGCUGGUGAACAACCACAGCUCCUCGCACCACCCGGCCAUCACCCCGGAGCUGAGGGCGCGCUCCGACUGGGCCGUGCUCCUGCCGCCGAAAUACAGGAGGAACCACAAGCCUCUCGUCGUUGAAAGGGGUUCGCAGGGGCCGGCGAAGGAGGCGCCGGGCCUGCUGGAUGUGCGGGCGUCGCCGCUGCUGGCGGGACCGGAGGUUCUGGCCAAAUGCCCCCGGGCGUACGUCCUGACGUGCGAGAAUGACGUCUUGAGGGACGACGGGUUCAUGUACGCCCGGCGCUUACAGGACGCAGGGGUCACGGUAACCAACGACCACUACGAGGACGGCUUCCACGGAUGUUUCAGCUUCAUCGUCUGGCCUGUGGAAUUUGAUGUAGGGAAGAGGGCGGUCAGGGGUUACCUCACCUGGCUGCAGAACAACCUGUAAGAGUGUGUGUGUGUGUGUGUGUGUGUGUGUGUGUGUGCAAAUGAAUAAUGGGUGUACGCUUGUCUGUGUGUGUGGCCUUCAUACACAACCAAUUGCUCUGUCAAUUAUAGAUUUGCUAAAGGGCUUAUUUAUCUAUUCUUUAUGUCAAAAAAUAUAUGAUCUAAGCUCGGGGCCCUCGUGUACCUCCACAUCACGGCCACAAGCUUUUCACUGACGGAUUAAUAAACAAGCCGGUUCCACAUCAGCAGUUCACCCGGUCAUAUACACUUCAGAUGUACUCAUCACAAGGGUUGUAAAAAUGAUUUUAUACUUUUUGAAUAAAAGUAAAAACAAACCCUGAAUCGAAAGUU